AUGGGUGUCCGAUUGGCUUGGGCGGAUAAUGAUGCCAAGAACGGCUUGGAAUGGGCACCUCCCGUCAGAAUUAUUGCCAUAAUUACUUUAAUCGCUUCAACGCUGGAUGUACUGGCAGACUUUCUUGUAUGCAACAGAAUCUCAGAAUAUCUGGGAAAUUUCCAAAGUGAGAUUGCCACAUAUGCUGCGUAUGGAUACUUCUUCUUCACUGGGAUCAGUGUUUUCGUGUACAUUUUUGAAAUGAUCGACGUCUGCAAGACGUUGAAAUACGAAGAAGAAAACGUUUUCUACGCUCGACUCGCCAAAUCAUUGGUUCUUGCUCUUGAAGAAGUGCCUCUUCCAACGCUGAUGAACAUUCUCUUCACAAAUGAGCCACGUUUAUCUUUGGCAAGCACUUGUUACCUCUCUUCUUGCAUCAAGUUGGUUGCUCUCACUUGGGGAAUUGUCAAGUUUGUAAAGCUUCGCUUUUUCUGGCCAUGUCUUCCAUUGAACCCAAAGCAUGAUGCCAGGGAAAACGUUCGUCGCUGCUUCACCUUCACCGCUUACCGCAUCUGCAUGAUCAUUGUCAACAUUUGCCAUAUUCUUGCCAUCGUCAUUGUCAUCAAGAACAUCAUGGCCAGUGGUGCCGGUGGACGAAAAAUUGACGUCAAGGAGCAAAGAUUAUAG